AUGCUCCUCUUACCCAUAUGCGUCUUAGCCACCCUCGCCCAUUCCACCCCUCUCUCAAAAACAACCACCAACCCCCCAACAGCAACUCUAUCAAAGACAGUCUUCAUUGGUAGAACCUUGCCCGAAUUUAACCAAGACCUCUUCCUUGGCAUAAAAUACGCCGACAAACCAACCCGCUUCACACCAUCCUCACUCAAAACCACAUAUGCCUCCAACGAUAGUAACUCCGGAGCCUAUGAUCUUUCAGUCGGAGGGUUCACGUCUUAUAAUCAUGUGUACUACAACGCAUCAGAAUACGGAUAUGACUGCCCAGCAUAUGGAUCUGAUACGACAACUCUUGUUAAUCAAGGCUUGGCUCGGUUGGAUGAGGAUUGGGGAGUGGGGAGAGAUUGCCGGUUAUGUUGUGGAUUUAUGGGGGUGGGUGGCAGCAGGGGGGCGACUGCUGAUCCGAGGUACAAUAUGAGCUAUAUCAUUCAACAGGGUGCCUUAAAUGGUAAACCAGUGCUUGGUGUGUCCAUUAAUUAUCGCAUGGCUGCAUUUGGGUUCUUGGAUUCAGAGGAAGUGCGUGCCGAGGGAAAUACCAAUCUCGCCCUAAGGGAUCAACGUACGGCUAUGCAUUGGGUGAAGAAGCAUAUCGAGGCAUUUGGCGGCGACCCGGAUCGGAUCACCAUCUGGGGCGAGUCUGCCAAUCAUGGAAUCCGGCAACGCCGUCGGGCCCCCAUACAACGGCACCUCAUGGCAUCAACCAAUGUACGACCGACUCAUCGAGCGCGCAGGUCCAGCUGCACAAACGCCACAAACACCUUACAAUGCCUCCGCGACCUCCCCUACUCGACAAUCUAUAACGUGGCCUACGAGGGUCUAGAGUGGUUCGCCACAAUCGACAACAUCUUCAUCUCCCAAUAUCCCCAGAUCAGCUAUAAAGAAGGGAAGCUCGCCAAAGUGCCUAUUCUAUUAGGAACGAAUACAGACGAAGGAACUAGUUUCGGUACGACAGGGACGAAUACGGGUGAGGAGUGUAUCGAGCAAUUGACUUUGUCUAAACGCUGGGUCCUCGACCGUACUGAAGCUACCGAGAUUCUCUCACAGUAUCCCAAUAUCCCGGCCCUAGGGUGUCCCUACGGGUGGGGCAAUACUACCUGGCCGUCCCUAGGACUGCAGUAUAAACGCUAUGAAUCCAUAGCGGGUGAUCUGGCGAUGUUCGCGCCGCGCCGGAUGCUAGCGGACACCAUGGCUAAAUUCGAGAAUGUAUAUUCGUAUCGAUGGGAUGUCGCGGCGCUGAAUACUAGCACGACGAUUGGAGUGCAGCAUUUCGCAGAGAUCCCGUUCGUCUUCGCGAACCCGGUGCAGAAUAUCACAGCACUCGGAUCCGAUCCGACGAGAUUGGAAUUGGGGCAAUUGGCGGCGAGAAUGUGGACUUCUUUUGUGACGAAUUUGGAUCCGAAUGGCCAUGGAGUAUCGCACGUUCCCCAAUGGCCGGAAUAUUCCUCCAAGAUAACGAACUUCGUCUUCCGCCUUCCACGCAAGGACAGCUAUAUCGAGGAUGAUACGUAUCGCGCGACCGGAAUUGAUGUUAUCAAUAGUAUCGCUCGAUGA